UACAUACAGAGACAGUGCGGAGUGUGCUUUCUAAAUUAACUAAAAAAAUUAAGAAAGAGGUUUUUCUUGAAGUUUCGCGUCAUAUCUCGAUUCGAAACGUUUCUAGGGUUUUUGAGGUUUUAAACGAUGGCUGAGCACGAGGAACCAAAGGGAGAAUCGUUGAUGGAUAAGAUAUCGGAGAAGAUCCACGGUCACGAUUCGUCUUCUUCGUCGGAUUCCGAUAACGACGAGAAAUCCAAAGUGAAAUCUCCGUCUUCUCCCUCGUCUGUCAAAUCUAAGAUUUAUCGUCUAUUUGGCCGUGAAAAGCCUGUUCACCAUGUCCUCGGUGGCGGCAAACCUGCCGACAUUUUUCUGUGGAAGAAUAAGAAGGUAUCAGCCGGAGUGCUCGGUGCAGCAACUGCUAUAUGGGUUCUCUUUGAGUUGAUUGAGUAUCAUCUUCUUACUUUACUUUGCCAUGGAUCCAUCCUUGCUCUUGCAGUACUUUUCUUGUGGUCCAACGCCUCCACUUUCAUUAAUAAGAGCCCUCCACGUAUCCCAGAAAUUCACAUCCCUGAGGAGCCUGUUCUUCAGAUUGCAGCUGCACUUAGGAUGGAGAUCAAUUGGGCUUUUGAUAUCCUGCGGGACAUUGCAUCAGGAAGGGAUCUCAAGAAGUUUCUCUCCGUUAUAGCUGGCUUAUGGGUCUUGUCUAUUGUGGGAAGUUGGUGCAAUUUCCUGACCUUAUUCUAUAUUGCUUUUGUGUUGCUGCACACAGUGCCUGUUUUCUACGAGAAGUAUGAUGACAAGGUUGAUGCAUUUGCCGAGAAGGCAAUGAUUGAAUUCAAGAAGCAAUAUGCUGUUUUUGAUGCUAAGGUUUUAAGUAAGAUUCCCAAGGGGCCAUUGAAGGACAAGAAGAAGGCUUAGAAAAUGUUUGCUUGUGCUGUUACUAGCUUCUGACAAAAUUGGUAGUUUGUAUUUCUGUGAAAUUGUGAAACUGUCCGGAGUAUUUUAUCAUCGAUCCCUCUUCUUCUUUUGGAUUCUUAGGUUGUUGGGUUCAUAAUGUGGAUGAAUAUGGAAUUUUUAUACAGCUUUUGUCCCUUAUAA